UUCGCACAACACGCGUCCGUCUCCCUUUCCGUUUUCUCUCGUCUCCCUCUCGCUGAGUCCGUCUACACUCGCUUCCUCUUUUUCCUUCUGUCCCUCGGUAGGUCCUAAUUCCCCUCGCACCAUCCCCGAGCCGCCCCUCAUCUUCAAACCGAGCCCACGUCACUCUAUACUGCGGCAAAACGCUGAAACGUAACCCAUCUAUCGGAUGUCCGCGCUCAUUCUGAACGCGGACGCCAUGCGGUGCGUAGCACGGAGGUCUGAUCACGAGCUGCAGGCAUUCCUCGCGAACGGUUUCGUGAAAAAGUGACACCGACCCGUCCGAAGCAGCCCCCGAUAGCGCGAAGGAAUUCGAACGGGGCCGAGUAAUCCGCUGGUGAACUGGAGGGACACGGUUUCGCGGAGAAACGGAACCAGGAUCGUGCUAUGAUCGAAUACGCGCAAGUCUGACCUUGGUAGUCCAUCGGUAGCGGUUCGAAGAGAAGUCAAUGGAAAUUGUGGAAAAUAUUACUGAACUCGGGAUCUUGUCUUGAAGGUGUUGAUAUUUACCGAGUGCGUUCGAUCCUUUAAGGGUUGAAGACGUCUGUGGCGCGUGCUUACCCCCACUAUCACUCCCGUUCUCACCUAUCGUCCUCUAUCUUCCGUGCGAGCAGCCGACAAUGUCACUCCGCAGACAACUGAAUCGACCUUUCCAUUGAGGAUCUGAGAUGGCCGGUUCCGUUGGAGGAAUUUUGAUCGAUGGCGAACGCGUAUGAGUAUUUGAGUUUGAACGUGACAGUGCGAAGCGUUUCGCGUAGUUAGACGAAGAAGCUACUGUGGGAAUAUUCGAAUUCGAAUUAUCGAUGUCUCGGCCGCUCGAACUGUAAUAGAUUCGUGCCUUACACUCGACCAGCGGAUGACCUUAGACGUACGAAGGAGAUUGGUUGCAAGUGCCUUAAUAACAGUGCUAAGACGUGAACGACGUUUGUUUGUGUCGUUGUAGAUCAUUAAGGUCGUUUGAAUCUUCUAUUUGGAAUUGUUCCGAGUGUUCUGCUUCUGGUGCUGUUAUAUACGAGAAUCGUUAGUGUUACCGGGUUCGGCCAUCGCGCGCCGAGGCCGGAAUUUCGUCCAAGUUUUUCGAUGCACGGAUGGGAUUCGACGAUACUGGCAUUAAACGUCGCGAUCGUAAAAGUGGCGGGCGAUUCGAAGAAAUUCUGAAGAACAAUUUCCAACGAAGUCGACGACCGAGCGGAGAUGAAUAGACGGUGACCUCAUGCUUUACUUAACUCUUAACCGGCAGCGAGACAAUUGGAUCUUGGUUCGGGUCAUCAGCUUCGUCGUUUGGCGCGGAGGACGUGGUCCGUUGAUACCUAAAAUCUAUCAUGUGUUCCAACAAUUGGAUAGCUGAAGCUUGAUGCAAUAUUACGAUUCAAACGAACCUACGGAUAAAUAACACACCAGCAGAUUCCUUGAUCACAUUGUUUCGGCUAGAAACUUAAUCAUUUUUAUAUUUCCACGAAGAACCGGUCUGAAUUCAAUAUAUGAGCAGCAUUGUUAUAGGACCAUAACUCCCGAAGUGCCUUACGAUCUUCAUACAUCUUCUGACCCAGAUUUAAGCUAUAAAUCGAACGGUCGUCCAACUGUCUGCAUCGAUGGUAGUUACGAUGAUCGAGGGAAUAGCGUGUUAUUUAUAAUUCCGCCAAUUAGAGCCGUCCUCGAAAAUCAUUAGAGUCGAUAAACCAUCUAUCGUCUUGAAUUCUGUCUUUACAAACUUCUUCCCGAGCUCUCGCUGUCGAAGACAUCAAGUUUCGAUAAAAAUUCAUUGAAAUCCAAAAAGACUUGAUUUAGACCGGACUUGUGAAUGUCUUUCUGGCUGCUAAUUGUUGACAAGAAGCAGUCAUCACGAUGACGACUAUGGGUGUCACUGUAUUCUGUAACAGGGUGCAGCUGAACGGCAGCGAUCAGGAGCAAGUGAUGCUACUCAGAACGCUCCAGGACAACGAGAGCAAUAUUAUAGGCAACCAACCGCAUUUAAUCGUCCCCAAGAAUAAUAACAAUAACAACAAUAUGAAUUCCAAUUCGGUUUUGCCGCCUUACGAUCCAUCGAGGCUGAAGAAACAUGGGAAAAACGGUCAACCGCCGCCGGUAGCAGUGGCCAGGAGGAACGCUCGCGAGAGGAAUCGAGUGAAACAAGUGAACAACGGGUUCGCGACGUUGAGACAGCAUAUUCCUAGCCACAUCGCAGCAGGAUACGGAGAUAGAGGGAAGAAACUGUCGAAAGUGGAAACCUUGAGAAUGGCUGUGGAGUACAUCAGGGGAUUGCAGAGGUUGCUUGCGGAAGCGGACGGUGUCGAAUACGAUAACAAUGUCGGUGUCGGCCAGUGCAUACCAUCGCCUACCAGCAGCGUGAUUUCAUCCAGUCACAACGGGUCCGGAGAAAGACUGAUCUUGGAAGAUGAUGUCCUUGCUGAAGAGGAUAACGCAGAACAGUUGGAUGAUGAGGAGGACCAUAGGAAACAGAAGCAGGCUAAAUUAUCACCAAGAAGAGCAGUUCCUUCGCCACACGAUUAUUACGCUUCUUCGAUAGGAGAUGAAGAGAAUCUGGAGCCAAGAACACGAUCAAACACGCAGAAUUUUUCUCGAUUGUCUCCUAAUUCGGUGGCUUCUCCAUCGGAGUAUUACGCGCAGAAUGAAGAAAAUUUGGAGCCGCAAAUCCUCUCGCCGUACAGCGGCGGGGACAGCGAGGAGGGUGCAGCAACCGUUUUCGCGGCCAGUCCGGAAACCUUUUCUGGGGCGCUCUAUUAUAAACAGGAGAUCACUGAAUCUGGUGAAUUCAUGGAUGUUGUCAGCUGGUGGGAACAAGAGCAGAACAAGAUGGUUCACCAGCAACAUACGCAGCGCCUCACGCAUGUAUGAAAAGGCUCGCUCAAAAUCUCGAAUCUCGCUGGACCGAUCUCACGAAGCAUGGAGGAAGAAUUUACGAUUUCAGUUGAUAUCGAGACUUUGCAAGGACGACGAGAAACUGUACUUACCGCACACAGUACUUCCUCAGGGUAGACGGCACUGCCUACGACGUCUUUCUAUAUAUUUUCGUCGAUCACGCAUCCAGGAAAUCAUUAACGUGACUCCAUAGUAAAUCGUUUUUCACAUCGAACCUCUUGAUACAUUUCACCAAAUUACGAAGUAGAUUUUUUUCGAUUCUCAUUUUUCGUGAUCAGAUACGAGCGAACACUCUACGCUUGUUAAAAUUUAUCUCGUGACGGAGAUGGGCAGAAUUUCAUUAACUUCUUACCUUAUUAUCCCUCCCUCAUCAGACUAAAAGGAGUGAUUGUAUUACUAAAAAUUUCCCAACAGAAAAGAAUCUGAUAUACCGGUAGGAAUAAAUUUGCCAUAUAUGUCUAUAAAUCAUUUUUUAAAAGUGGAACAUCAUUUAUCCAAGCACCUAUUGUUCGACUUUCGAUUAUGUAAAUGAGUAAUUAUGGUUAUUAAACUACGUGUCCAUCAAUAUUUAAAUUUUCAAGCACGUCUUCUUCUUGCUUCGAGUAGCCAAUUUGACUGUACAGUCUGAGUUUGAUGAGUACGAUUAGAUUUUAUUUACAUUCAUAAAUGUUGUUGUACACAUACUAAAAGGAUGAAACUACACUGGAGAAGUAUAGAAUUUUUUAUUGAUUUAUGACAUUUAUUUUGGUCCUCCCAAGCUGAUUGUCCUGAUGGAUUUGUCUGCCAGUUAGUUUGGAUAAUCGGGGUUCUACUGUACUUCAAAUAAGUGACUAUAAAUAUUCAAAAGCACUUUUUUCCAAAUAAUAGUAAUGUUGAUUUUGACCCUUUGAAUGAAUAGCAACAUUAAUUUCUAGCAAUAUUCAUAUCCCUUAAUUAACUGCAGAAUUAUGAUUCGACAUUGUAAGGCAAGGAGUUAAGUCGGAAAUAAUUGAAAAAGUGUGAUACUGACAUUUACUCAGAUCCACAGUAAUUUGUACGUACCUUUACUCGCUUAAAAUGUAACUCUAUAUUUUUUAAUAGAAUUUCAAUGUAAUUAAAAACUCGUAUUUGUUCGACAAAUAACGCGUAACAAAUUUCUCCAUUUAGAUCAUAUGUUUGCUCAGCUCUGUCUGUUAAGAAUCAUAUCUGAAUAGACGUAAGCCCUAUCUAACGAUAAACAUUCAAUUUAAUUUCGAGAUACCUACGAAACUGUAGCUUUUGUAAGUGUCUUGAAAUUCUUAAGACAAUUGGUCUUCGUAGGCACUGCGGCCCAUGUUAUUUAUGCAAAGAUACAAAUCAUUUAAAUUCUUGUUGACUGUACUGUUCGUUUUGAAUGAGGCUGGACCUGACGUGACAUUGAUGAUAUUAUUAACUGCAAUCCAAUUCGACACUGAAGCCUUAAUUUAUUCCGAAUUUCAGCAGUUAAAAUAUUUGUAAAUUUCCAUCUAUCCAUAUCAGACUGCUCAGUUCACGAAUAAAGUGCAAACUUCAUAGAAAUAUGUUCAAUGUAAGCAUUCGCGUUUGAAGUCACGUGGUUUUUUUAUAUCAGACUCAUCCUCAUUCUAAGCGGGCAAUACUUUUUAGGGAAAUAUUAAAAUUCCAAAAUGAUAUUUUAUGAAGUUCAAGAAGACGAGUGUACAUAAUAGGAAUUCAAGAUGGUAACAUUUAUUAUCAUACUUCUCGUUAAUAGGUGCCUUUUAUAAUAUUAAUAAAGGAAGCAAUAAGUAAAAACCUUCGAAUUCGAGGUAUAAGGUUUUCUUGAGGUAGCCGUAUUGAUAUUUUGCUAAGGAAAAUAAUAUGUUGUUCACGGAUACGAUUAAUAAGUAAUUUUAGAACAUUUUAUCGAACGACAAAGCACGAGAACUGUCGUUGCGAAGCAAAAAUCAAAGGAUAUUAAUGUACAAACGUGCCUUAACUGAAUGUAAGUCGAUUUUCACAAAGCGGUGAAACUAUUUUUUCUACCUGACGUGGUUUUUAACAAGUAUUUAAGCGACGCCCUGUUAUUUAUAUCUAUUAUUCAUAUCUGAUGCAGCCCGUUUACUAUACAUAACAAAGGAACUACUUCAGAUAUUAAGUUUUAUGUUUGUAUUUGUAUAUAUGCUUAUGUAGCAGUCUGUACCUGUAUAUAUGCAUAGCCGAAAGAGUUACAGGAAUUUUUUCAUGAAAAAAUAUGAGACACGUUCAAAACGUAUAAGCUGCCAUGAAAAAAAUCUUACAUUACAAUGUGAAUAAUAUAAUUUUAUAAAUAUUACUGAACAAAUUAGUUUGUAAAUUUCUAAAUGAACAGAAUAUACUGUGAUCUCAUUAGUUCUCGAAACGUUUUAUCCUUUCCAUCUCAAACUACAGUUGCACUUAUUCACAUUUGUAAUUUCACUAUGUCUGUCUAUUUAUUGAAAUGAAAACAACAAUGUUUCUGUUUCACGUACGUUUACGUACACCAGCUUAUAUAUUUCAAACUAGAAUGUAUUUCUUUAUGAAAAUAAUUUCUGUGGCUUAAUAAAAUAUUUAUAAACACAGGUAAAGAGUUUCAACUUGAUAUCCGCUCUUUUCCAGUAACAUUUUGAAGAUGCUGUACACUUAAUCUAUACGCGCAGAAGCGACAUGCUUAAGAACAAGUUAAAUUCGCGUGCCAAGGAAGGAAAUUAUAUUCUUCCGAUUAUGUUAAUUAAUGCGUGGGCUGCCAAUAAUAGUGGAAAUUUGUAAGAAAAUUUGUUCUUUACAAAGCGAAUAUUGCAUAAAGUUAUAAUAUUUCCACAGUUAUCCUUCUGUGACCAUAGAGAAUUUCACGAUGUAGUCGAACACAUUUACAUUUUUAAUUAUUCUAUCAAUGCAAUUUUGACGAUUGUGUUAAUUAAAUACGACUUUCAUGGCGGUCGAUGUGUUGUCUACAAUAUUGCGGAUAAAAUUGAAAUAAACUUACGAUACAAGCGUCGCCUUUUUAUUCGUUCAGUAUUAAAAGUACAUACAUAGAAAUCGAAUUACUUAAUCUAUAUAAUAUUAUUAUAAAUUCUGCGCCGAUCUGUCAAUUAUUGUACACGCGUGGGCACAGAGUAUGUACGUCAUACGAUUUCCAUUGCCUUUUAAUUUAAUUCAUUAAAUAAUUUAAUUGAACAGGAACCAAUGCCAAGAUCACCGCAAUGGUGUUUCUUUUUAAUGACAGCGACAAUAGCAAGAAAGCAAGUCGCAUGCACGUCGUAAAUUAUUCGACGUUUAAAACAGUACAACGAGUAAAACUCUGUAAAUACAAGUGCCUUGGUUAAGCCUAUGAUAAGCAUUUUUUACGUAUAUCAUCUGUAAUACUUUUUAUGAAAUAUUUAAAAUACAUUUU